AUGCCAGGAGAUCUCAUUUCUACCUCAGAACCACCUCUAGCUGGGGUAUCGUCCACAGCUGUCGGAUUCAUGGCAGACGACCUCGCAUCUAACGCCGUACUCUCUGCCUCUGCCGCCGCAGGCGAUUCAACAAUAUGUAACGUUAACAUGUUUCGAGCUAGUCAAAAUGUGGGUAACAUGAAAAGCAUUUGCAGGCCAUCAUCUGACGGUGGUGUCAACCCCUGCAUUCAGCCGUAUGCUGUCGGAUAUCUAGAUUAUGAAGAUGAUUCUUGUUACAAAGAAAAACGUGGAGACAACCCUUGUGUUCAGGCGUAUGCUGUCGAAUAUCAAGAUGAUGAUGAUGAUGAUGAUGACAAAGACUGGUUUGAUGACAAACCUACAAAACGUAAUGACAACCCCUGCAUCCAGCAAUAUGCUAUUGGCUAUAAAGACGUUGAUAAUAACGAUGAGAAACCUACAAGACGUGAUGACAACCCUGGACACAAAGAAAAACGUGGAGACAACCUCUACAUCCAGCCGUAUGCUGUCGGAUAUCAAGAUGAUGAUGAUGAUGAUGAUUACGAAGAGAAACCUCCAGAACUUGAUACAGAGGACCCCUGCAUCCAGCCAUAUGCUAUUGGUUACAAAGAUGAUUCUGGUUACAAAGAAAAACGUGGAGACAACCCCUGUAUCCAGCCGUACGCUGUCGGAUAUCAAGAUGAUGAUACUUUUUACUUUGACAAACCUACAAAACGGGAAGACAACCCCUGCAUCCAGCCGUAUGCUACCGGAUAUCAAGAUUAUGAUGAUGGUGAGUGCGUUGAAAAGUCCAAAAAAUCUGAUGCUGCAGCUGUCAAUGAACAAGCUUCACUGCCAAUGCAUAUUGAUAUCGAUACCCGUAGUCCCAUCUACUCGCAGGAUGCUGAGAACAACAGUUCCAUCAACCAACAAUAUGACGUGACAACUAAUCCGAUCUUUCCGCUAAUCGUUGGGAAGCCCAAUCCGAUUUACCCGCAAAAUACUGAGCAAAGCAGUUCGAUCUACCAGCAAAACAUCGGGAACUCUAAUCUGACGGACGACUCAAACACUGCCCCUAAACUCACCAGGACAGCUGACUGUGAUGACAACCCCUGCAUCCAGCCAUAUGCUGUUGGAUACCAGGAAGAAGAUGAUGAUGGCAACAAGCAACCAAAACGUGAUCAUGAAAACCCUUGCAUCCAGCCAUAUGCUGUUGGAUACCAGGGAGAAAAUGAUGAUGAUGGCAACAAACACCCAAAACAUGAUUACAACCCCUGUUUCCAGCCAUAUGCUGUCAGAUACCAGGAAGAUAAUGAUGACAGCAAAAAACACCCAAAACCAGGUCCUGCAGCUCUCCAUGUCGAUAUUCAACCAUACGCUGUUGCAUACAUGUGCCAGGAGGACGUUUCGGUUGUUGUGUCAAGUUCAGACGUGACGCAAACAAAGCAGCCAUUUCAGAAAGUGGAAACGUUUUCAAAAAGCAGCAAUGACAUCCCAAAUAACGUUGCAGGACCUGGGAUCUCCAAGGAUACUACUGGAGCUUUAAGGUCACUUAAGAAACGCCAUGCCUUGGUUAUGAAUCCGAUGUACGGGCAACAUGCACUGAACCCCAAUCCGAUGGCAAACGUUCAACAACAAACAGCAUGCGGAUGCAGAUAUGUUCGCUUAGCGGCGGUCUUGAUCACAACUAUCGUCUUGUCGUCAGUGUUAAUCAGUGGCAUGGUCUUUGGGAUAUUAUACAGUUCCCAGGACAUUCAAACGAAACCAUUUGCCAACGAAUCUUUCUGGACAACAACACAGCCGUCGAUUUCGAUUAGCUCAAAAGAGAUCUACAAUGGAAACAUGAAAUGGGAAACCACAAGGAAGACCACGCAGUCGGUGACGUUUCACAGCUCACAAGAGACCUACGAUGGGAACAUGAAAUGGGAAACCACGCAGACUGUGACGUUUCACAGCUCACAAGGUGCCUACACACGGAAAUGGGAGAAGAUCAUUUUCGGUGGUAUAGGACAGGACCGGGGAAAAUUUAUGUUCAUCUACGGGGUGGCUGUAUCUCCUGACAACGAGAUAUUUGUGACCGAUUCAGGCAACAAACGAGUACAAGUCUUCAAUAUGGACGGGGCCUUCCUUCGUCUUUUCCCAACGGUAGUUCCAGGUGACAGUGGGAAAAAAACGAUGAACCCUUCUGAUGUUGCCAUCGACGGAGAUGGCAAUUUGUGGGUGACUUUAAGCGAAAAAAUAGGUUUAUACGAUGAUAAUACUCAUACUGUGUGUGUAGUGCAGUACGAUUGGAAUGGAACAGCACUGAGCACGUUCGAAACGCAACCUUCUGAAUGGCUCCCUAUGAUUGACGUUUUCAUUCUUACUUCAUAA